CAUCCCUGUCCUUCUCAGGCUAUGCUACUUGGAAGAAGCUGAGUCCAGCGUUCCUCUGUCGGACUGGGCUUGGGGGGGUGGUUUUUCGGAAGUGCUGGGGUUUAAUUCCUGUGUUGCCUUUCUGAAAAGCUGUGUGCUUCUGGGAUGAGUCAGAGCCGGCAGGAACCCGGCAGCGCUGGCAGUGGGCAGACAGAGGCGGUGAUAAGGAUGUGAUAAGGCCAUGAGAGCCCUGCUCUUGUGCCAGGGCUGCAGGGAGCGGGCAGCUCCCAAGCCUGCUGCCUGACCUCCAGCUGCACCGCUGUCAAGGAAGCGGGAAGGUUAUUUUGGGAACCGCAUUGCUGGGAAAAUCUGCUGUGUCAAUAGAGCGUGAGCUGAAGCACUUGUGGGUGGUAUUUCCAAAAUGCCCCUUCUCUGUGCCCAAAUGCCUGGGCUUUGCCCCCGGAGCAGGCAGGGAGCAUGGCUGGGGGCAGCCCCAGCCUUGGUACUGACUCCCCAUUCAGGAAGGGGUCCAUAGCCAUCUGGCAUGUCCAAUGACAGAUAGGCUCCCUAUGCAAUCUACCACAUCAGCAGUGGUCGAUUUCAGCGGAGGUCCCACUCCCUACCCUCUUCCCAUGAUCCCUGUUGCCUUCCUCUGAGCCUGGCUGAAAAGUCCCCUCUCCAUCCCUUGCCUGCUGUUCAUCCUGGUCUGGUCCCCUUCUUGAGCAGGACGCCUCAUCGCCUGCACUGCCCUGUGCUCUCCCACCCCUUGCAGCAUGUCAGGACAUGGGGCUGCAUGGGGAUGGAGGCAGCGUCCUGCCCCCUCUGCAGCAGCUCCGUGUUGUUCCCAUCACAAGCAGCUCGUUAGCGCUGGCUGGGACGUGAGCAGGGGCUGCUGCAGCCGGCGGAAACAUGGGUGGGCUGAGACGGGAUUAGACAUGGUCAGGGACAUUCCAGCUGCCCCGUGGUUAGCACGGGGCUGCUCUGGCUCCGGGAAGCCCAAAGCAUUCACGCACACUGGCUUUCCAUAGCUGUUUCCGCCCCAAUAUCCGUUCCUGGCAGCUGCUGGACAAGGGCUGCCCGGGAAAAGCCUAAUGGAGCAGGGAUUUUGGCAGCGGUGGCUGCUGCUGCUGGUGGGCAUCCAGCUGGCCAGUGGCCAGUGCCCAGAGCAAUGCCAGUGUGUCCGCACUGCCCAGGUGGAGUGCUCCGGUGCUGGCAUCACUACAGUCCCCAGCCCCAUUCCUGAGAACGCCAUGACCCUGCAGAUCAUCAACACUCUCAUCACUGAGCUGGGAGACGCAUCCUUUGGCAACGCCUCCCUACUGAUCGGGCUGCGCAUCGAGAAGAACAACCUGUCGCGCAUCAGCCCCAGGGCCUUCCAGCACCUGCCCGACCUGCGCUACCUCAGCCUGUCCAGCAACAAGCUGCAGGAGCUCCCCGUGCAGGUCUUCGAGCCCCUGGGCAAGCUGGAGUCUCUACUCCUCUCCAGCAACCAGAUCCUUCAGGUCGAGCCUUCCCACUUCUCCCACCUGAGCAACCUGAAGGAGCUGCAGCUGCACGGGAACAACCUGCAGGAGCUGAAGGAGGGGGUGUUUGACCAGCUCACCAGCCUUACCAAGCUCAACCUGGCCAGGAAUGACAUCGACCACCUGCCGCGCCGGGCCUUUGAGCGGCUGGCGCGGCUGCAGGUGCUGCGGCUCUAUGAGAAUCGGCUCCGGCAGAUCCCAGUGGGCACCUUUGAUGGGCUGCCCGAGCUGCAGGAACUAGGACUGCACCAGAAUCAGCUGGAGACGCUGUCCCCGGAGCUCUUUGUGCACAAUGGAAACCUGCAGAAGCUCUACCUGUCCAAUAACCUCCUUGUCACCCUACCGAGCGGUGUCUUCUUGCCCUUGCGUGCCCUUGCUAAGAUCACCCUGCAUGUCAACCGCCUGCGGGACAUCUCCCCCGGUGCCUUCGGGCCCAUGCCCAACCUGCGGGAGCUGUGGCUGUACGAUAAUGAGCUUUCUACCCUCCCCACUGCUGUCUUUGGAAACCUCACCCAGCUGCAGCUCCUGGUACUCAGCAAGAACCGGCUGCGCUCUGUGGCACGGGGUGCUUUCCAGGGUUUGGGAGAGCUGCUGGAGCUGUCUCUGCACUCCAACGCCCUGCGCCGCCUGGAUGCCCAGACACUGGAAGGGAUGCCCAAGCUGCAGAACAUCUCCCUGCACCACAACCAGCUGCAGAUGCUGCCGCGGGGCCUCUUCAGCACUACCCCAGGGCUGCGGCACCUGCAGCUGCACUCCAAUGCCCUGGAGUACCUGCCCGCCGGCAUCUUCUCCCCUCUGGCUGCCUUGCAAGAGGUGAAGCUGCACAACAACUCCUGGCGCUGUGACGAGGGCAUCCUGCCCCUGCGGGGCUGGCUGGAGGACAACCUCCAUAAGGUGGGCGUGACACCCCCCCUCUGUGCCCAGCCCCCUUCCCUGCGGGGCACCCCCAUCGCUGGGCUGCCGCAGGACCAGCUCCUCGUCCCCGUGCCCUCCACUGCCUCCCCCCGUCCCAGCACCCCGCUCCCUGCUGGCCCCUCUGAGGUGGCAUUACCCGAGGGUGCCUGGACGGAGCCCCCCAUGGGGCUGCCAGUCUCCCCACAGGCGGAUGAGGAGAAGGAGGAGGAAGAGGAGAAGGAGGAGGAAGAGGAGAGGGGGCAGUGGGGGCUGACAAGCACACAGAGUGGAGUGGUGGUGGCGGUCAUUGUGCUGGUGUGUGCGGCCCUGCUUGCCGCUCUGGUGGCGCUGGUGGUCUACGGCUGCAGGAAGAAGAGCCAAGUUGUGCUUAUGAGAAUGAAGGCGCCCAAUGAAGCAUGAGCACCCAACAGACCCUGGGGUAAUGGUACUGGUGGGGCAUUCCCUCCCCAAUGGGCCAAGGGACAUGACAGUGGCUCUGCAUCAGCUGCCCUUGCUAAUUGGGAUGGGCCACAAUCACUGUGCGUGCUGCAUGUCCCCUGUCCCGCUCUGCUUUGCCCUGCCCUUGUUCUGCAGUAGGGUGUCCACCUGGGUGACCGCCCAUGGCUGCCCUGUUCCCAGCCCCUCCCGCCUCUGUGCUCAUCCCCUGCCCGGGGGCCAGCAGCUGCGAUGCCGAGAGGGGACCCCUCAAGCAGAGAGCCACAGCCUGGUCAUUCAUGAUGGUGCUUAAACAGGACUCCCUUGUCCCUCACGUUGCUUUGUCCCCUCUGGUGCUACCUGUCGUUUCACUGCCUGCUGCCCGCUGCUCCCGCCAUGCCCCAGCCUCUGCCCCCGCCCGGGCAGGAGCCGCACACCCGGUGCUGCCGUGCCCUCGCCGACGGGCUGGGCGCUGUUGCCGGGCUGGCACACCCGCACCGCUCCACGCUGCCGCCCUGCCCGCAGGCAGCCAGCACCUUCCCUGGCCCGCACAGCCUCCUGCCCCCUCCUGCUGCCUCUCCUGUGCCCCGCGGCGGGGGAAUUACCGGGUGGGAGAAUGGGGGUGAAGUAUCUGCAGGGGCUGCAUCCUUAUGCCCGAAGGCAGCGGGAGCGUGCCGGGGCUGCUCCUGCUGCACCCCAUCCCUAGUCCUCGCUGCCUCAAUACCCUGUGCAUCCUCCACCAGCUAGUGAACAGCCUGGCCCUGCUCUGCCUGCCAAUGCUCCUUCCUCUUCCUCCCUCGAGUAU